AUGCGUCCCACACUCCAGGUGCUCAUCAGUGUCCUGUGCCUGCUCUACACGUUCGCCUGGGAUCAUAGGGACUACAAUUAUCCCGGAAUCGAGUUUGUGGAGUACGCCGAUGAGGGCGCUAAUUGUCAUAGCGAUGAAUCUCCAGACUGGGAUUUCUUUGAGUUUUGGCGGCGAUUGUUCAGCCGUUAG